UCAGGCUCCCUAAGGGGAAAAUGACCACUGAUGCCGAGGAACCGCAAUGGAGAAAAGUCAAUUCCGUUACAGGAGUGGUACCGCGGUCCAGACAUGGACACCGAGCUGCAGCAAUACGGGAGCUGAUUAUUGUGUUUGGUGGUGGAAACGAAGGGAUAGCGGAGGACCUCCAUGUUUACAACACUGUCUCAAAACAGUGGUUUCUGCCUGCGGUGAGGGGUGACAUUCCACCUGGCUGUGCUGCCCAUGGCUUUGUCUGUGAGGGUACUCGGAUACUGGUCUUUGGUGGCAUGGUGGAAUUUGGCAAAUACACCAACAGCCUCUAUGAACUUCAGGCUAGUCGCUGGCUGUGGAAGAAGCUAAAGCCCAGAGCACCCAAGAAUGGCUUGCCUCCCUGCCCUCGGAUUGGACACAGCUUCACUCUUUUGGGCAAUAAAUGUUACCUGUUUGGAGGACUGGCCAAUGAUAGUGAAGACCCCAACGGCAAUGUACCGAGAUACAUGGGUGACCUUUAUGAGCUGGAGCUGCAGUCAGUAUCAGGGGCGAGAGGCUGGAGCAUCCCAGAAACAAAAGGGGGUGGUCCUUCAGCACGGGAGUCUCACAGCUCGGUGGCUUAUGAUGGCCUCAGCUCCCCGAAGCUUUACAUCUAUGGAGGAAUGCAAGGAAGCCGGUUAGACGACCUCUGGCAGCUUGACCUCGACACAAUGGAGUGGUCAGCACCUCAAACAAGGGGUUCCAUGCCACUUCCCAGAAGCCUUCACUCUGCCAGUGUCAUCGGAAACAAGAUGUAUGUUUUUGGAGGCUGGAUUCCUGUUCCAGAGUCAGAUGAAAACAAUGCUCUAGGAACCAAAUGGAUCUGUUCUAACUCUUUAAGUGUGCUCAACUUAGACACUAUGAGCUGGCACAACCUUGGCCCAGAGGAGCAGGACGACAUAGAGUCCCAGCUGCAGAGCCAGGGACCCCAGAGUGAUGAUCCGUAUGCAUUUAGGCCCAGAGCCAGGGCUGGCCAUUGUGCUGCUACUGUCGGGUCCAGGCUUUACAUUUGGAGUGGCCGCGAUGGAUACCGCAAGAGCUGGAACUACCAGGUCUGCUGCAAGGAUCUGUGGUACCUGGAGACAGAUCGACCAGCCACCCCAGAGGCAGUGCUACUCAUAAAAUCCACAGUCAGCAUGCUCCAUGUGGCAUGGCGCCCCCUGGCUGCAGCAGACUGCUACAUCCUUCAGAUCCAGCCUGUGUGUCCUCCCAAAACUGCAUCCAGCAACCCACCUGCCAAACCGGGUGAUCCCACACGAACAGAUGGACAAGUGGGAAAGAAUAAAGAUCCUGCAGGUGUCAACUCUCUUCAAACUCAAAAUGAAGCAACCACAAAUAGAGAAGAGAAAGGAUCAACUCAGGAUGCUUCAGUACAGAAGGAAAUUUCAGUGAAGUCAUCCAGUGGAUCAGCAGAGACCCAUGCAUCUUGGGGGAGGAGUGCUGCAAGAGACUCAGAGGUCUUGGACCCAAAGAGCUGCUCUGUUGGACUGGAGACAUCAGUAACAGAGGUCAGCAGCUCAGCUCAGCACCAGUCAGACAGGCCUGUUUCUGCUGACAAGACAGCCGAUUUCUACGCCCGUACAGAUCAGGUUCAGCAGGAUCCAGAUCAAGCAGUGUGGUUUGAUGUUGGUGUGUUCAAAACCCUCUUCUCUGAGGUCAGCCACUACUUUCUCCCUGCUGACAGCGACCAGGUGACAACAACCGUCAGCAGCCGGCCCACAAAUACUAAAGAGUCCUUCCCCCAGAGGAAGCUGCCAGGUCCUCAGGACUACCAUGGCAGGGAGAAGCAGGAGCUCACUCCAGGUCAGAACUACAGGUUCAGAGUUGCAGGCAUCAACUGCUUUGGCCAGGGAGACUUCAGCCCAGUCAGCGAGUUCAAGACCUGCCAGCCUGGUUUCCCUGGAGCGCCCUCUGCUGUCAAGAUUACCAAGGCCAAUGAUUCAGUCCACAUCACAUGGGAGUCUCCACCCUCUCCGUCGGGCCGGAUCCUGGAGUAUUCCAUGUACAUGGCGGUGAGGAAAAGCCGCUCCACCACCUCGGAGCGUCCGGGUCAGAUGGCCUUCAUCAGGAUCUACCGCGGCACGAAGACGUCCUGCUCAGUCAACUCCUCGCACCUGGACAACGCCCACAUCGACUGCUCCGCCUCCAACCGGCCAGCAGUAGUCUUCCGCAUCGCGGCUAAGAACGAGCAGGGCUAUGGCCCGGCAACUCAGAUCCGCUGGAUACAAGAUCCAUGUAAGUUGAGAGCGUCUUCAUCCAAAGCAGACUGCAGUGCCGACGCUGACCAGGACGCUGCUGACAGCUCCAGCUGAAAACUAUUGGUCCAAUAAGAUGCUUGGGGGACAGACUCAGGAAGAUGGCGAUGUACGCCACUCAGAUGUUGUAUGAUAUUACCUAGAAAGUUUUUUUUAUUUAUUUUUUUAUGUAUUUAAUUACACCCUUGUAAAUACAUAUACAUUUUCACAGGAGAUGUAACCACUUGGCUAUUUUAGUAAAGAAAUGCUUUGUUAAAUAAUAAUAUGUGACAUGAUGUAGACCAAACUACAACUACUACCACUCUUAUGUCUUUAAAGUUGGAGGUGCCUUAGCACUAACUUCACCACCCACUAAUGCUUUAUGUGUCAUGGUUGUGAAUGAAACACUGGUGGUAAGAUGCUGUUAGGACCAAGAAAUUCUUGUUAGUGCGGACCACUUUUACAAUCCUAAACCAAACCAGUCAGGUUUUAAAAUAUGAAUAAUCUAUAUAAUGAAAUGUUGUUGUUUUAUAAUCUGAAUGUUUCCUGUUCCAUGUUUGGUUUAAGAUCAUUGUUUAUGUGUUUUGUCUCUGUACAUGACUACAUGUUACUGCAAAUGAUCUGUAUCCAUUACAUAUCUACAU